UGGGAGUGUAACAUGGGGAAUUCGAGCUGAGGACCAGGAGGCUUUGCAGGGCCUGCCUGACAACAGAGUGGACAGGGAUGGGAUUGGAAGCUGCCAGGGACCAUGUGUUGCCCAUUGACUAUUACUUUCCACCACAAAAGACCUGUCUUAUCUGUGGCGAUGAAGCUUCGGGCUGUCACUAUGGGGCACUCACCUGCGGCAGCUGCAAAGUCUUCUUCAAGCGAGCAGCAGAAGGGAAACAAAAGUACCUGUGUGCCAGCAGGAAUGAUUGUACCAUCGAUAAAUUCAGAAGGAAAAAUUGUCCGUCAUGUCGGCUCCGAAAGUGCUAUGAAGCAGGGAUGACCCUUGGAGCCCGGAAGCUAAAGAAACUUGGGAACUUGAAGCUGCAGGAGGAAGGCGAGGCCUCCAGCUCCACCAGCCCCAAUGAGGAUCAGGGGCAGAAGCUCACAGUUUCCCACAUUGAAGGCUAUGAAUGCCAACCCAUUUUCCUGAAUGUCCUAGAGGCCAUCGAGCCAGGCGUGGUGUGUGCUGGCCAUGACAACAACCAGCCUGACUCCUUCGCUGCUUUGCUGUCCAGCCUGAAUGAGCUGGGAGAGAGGCAGCUGGUGCAUGUGGUCAAGUGGGCCAAGGCCCUGCCUGGUUUCCGGAACCUACAUGUGGAUGACCAGAUGGCCGUUAUCCAGUACUCCUGGAUGGGACUUAUGGUGUUUGCCAUGGGCUGGAGAUCUUUCACCAACGUAAAUUCCAGGAUGCUCUACUUUGCUCCUGACCUGGUGUUCAAUGAAUAUCGGAUGCACAAGUCAAGGAUGUACAGCCAGUGUGUCCGAAUGAGACAUCUCUCCCAGGAGUUUGGCUGGCUCCAGAUUACACCACAGGAGUUUCUGUGCAUGAAGGCCUUGCUGCUCUUCAGUAUUAUUCCAGUGGAUGGACUGAAGAAUCAGAAAUUUUUCGACGAGCUUCGAAUGAACUACAUCAAAGAGCUUGACCGGAUAAUUGCCUGCAAGAGAAAGAAUCCAACCUCCUGCUCACGGCGCUUUUACCAACUCACCAAACUCCUGGAUUCCGUGCAGCCUAUUGCCAGAGAACUGCACCAAUUCACUUUUGACCUACUAAUCAAGUCACACAUGGUGAGCGUGGACUUUCCUGAGAUGAUGGCAGAGAUCAUCUCCGUACAAGUGCCCAAGAUCCUUUCUGGAAAAGUCAAGCCCAUCUACUUCCACACACAGUGAUGCUUUGCAAGCCCUUCUUUCCUUCCCCCUUUUCUGCCAUCUUUUGCCUGUUGUAAUUCUGCACUACUGUUCUGCAGUGCCUUGGGGAAUUCCCUCUAUUGAUGUACAGUGUGUCCUGGAGAUAGUCCUAACUCCUUACUACCUUCUAAGCUUCUCUUCCCUUCUGCCCUGUCCUCCCUCACUGCCGUCCUCUGUUCCACAGCCUCCUUUUUGCCUCUCUUCUUCUAACUUCCCACCUACCUUAGCGCCUUCUGACUGCUUAGUCUGACUGGUGCAGUAUCUCUUUGAAUAUGUGCCGCUAGUCCUGUGGCCAUGCCCAGGCCAGUCAUGUCUUUCUGAUGGCCACAUGGCCGUUUUCUUCACUUAACACCAUGACAAAUCUUGGGUAUUUAAGGGGACAGGAAGAAAACCUCACUGCAGUUCCCCUCCCUUAAAAGACAAACACACAAACACCCACACACAAACCAACAACCCCAAGUAUUUCCUGGGGGAUAUGUGGGUGUAUGUGUGUGCUAGCAUUUCUCACCUGGAGCACCCACUCUGCCACCAGUGGCCUUCAGGAGAUUUCCCCAGUGAUGGACCUGGGGAGGGGAAAGAAGAGGAGCCCCAUCCCUUCACAUACUUACACACAUACACACACACACACUGAGCAUGUACGCAUACAUAUGUGCAUACCCAUACAUCUAGUUUUGGUCUUUGGAUGAUCAGAAAGUCCCACUGCAGUGCACUUAAUGGUACUGAAUCUGCUUUUUGUCCAAAACUUUGCUCUGAUAUUCUUUGUCUGCUCUGUGCAUGUGCCAUGCAGUGCCCUCCCCAAGUGCUCCCUGUACCCCGCCCUUUCCUCCCUUCUCUCCUUUCUUCACUGCCCCAGCCCUCAGGAGAGGAGACCAUUCCACAUUGGCUUUCAGCAGCUACUGAGAGCUUUGGACAUUCCCUCAUGCUAAAACUCAAACCUGAGCAGGCAUGGAAGAGGCUGAAAUAAGGUUAGCUCAGUGGGAACCUCUCUGUUCUCCAGCUCUGUCUUGCCUUGGGUGUGCCAAGAACAAAUUGUGGGCUAUCCCUGGGGACAAGAAAUGGAGCCAGCCACCUUCUGAGCCCAGGGUAAGCAUAGGUGCCACUGGGCGUUCCCCCUGCUCAAGGCUUUUGCCCAUCCUUGUUUGCCCACCUCCUCCAAAGACCCAACGAAGUUCUCCACCUCACCAAGGCCCUAGGACCCCCACUUCCCUUCUUUCCCCUCUGGGUCUGGUCACUAAGUUCCACUUUGCUUAUGGGAUGUGACUUACUCCCUGCCCCAGCAUCUUUACCCAGACUUUCUGAUGAGAGUUACAACCAAGAAGGCCAGUAGGCUUUGAGCACUCUGUCUGCCUGCCCUGAGGCCAAGGGACUCCCGACAAUGGCUGAUUGGCACCAACAGUCUCAGAUCCGGAGCAUCUUUUGAUCAACUGGAAAGAGUUAGAGUCAUGAGCUAGACUGCUGAAACUGGCCAUCAGCAGACAACAUGGACACCUGACCAGGCUCUGUACUGGCCAAAGGCAGGGAAGCUGGUACACAUGGGAAGAUCCCAUCGUCCAGCUCUUGUAGAGGGCUUUGGGAGCUGCAGUAAACACUCCCUGACACUUUGGAAUCAAAUCAGUGAGUGGCCAGGGCACAAUAUGAGAACAAAAAGUGGAUAUGCCAGGACCAAGACCACUGGUAGAAACUGGCAGUUGGCAGUGAACAUCCCCCAGAUGCCCUAGUCAGCCCAGAUCAUCACUCACAGUCUACAGCAAAAGAGGACACUCCAAGAGGAGGCUGGUCUGCAGCAUGAGUGGAGCAGGGUGAAGGCAGAGGCUAGGAGGGACAAUACCCACUGCCUGCUUAUGCCUGGCCAUGGUAUUGGCCACUUGCCAGGAGGAUUGGGGGAGGUAGGGGAAAAUCUCCCUCUAAGGACAGACUCUCUGUUUUCAUUCUGCUCAUCCGGGGUUAGCUGGAGCCCUUAAGACUUCCUCUGAAACCAGUGCCUCUUUUGCAAAGGGGGUCUUUGCAGCCACCUGCGCAGUCAGGGUUCCCAGCUGGGAUGGUGCCCUUCAGAGGACCUCCUCCCAUUCUGAUGACUUUUGUGUAUCCCCCAGCCCUAUACCCCACAAGGCCUUAUUGCUACAGGGGAGCUUUGCCCACCUCCCCUUCUGAACCCCUAUUGCUUUCUCCACCUGUUAAGUUCAAGAUGUGGGAACCAUCAAACCGCCAGCCUUGGCUAACCUAUCAUUAUCACAUUUAUGGAGAAGAUAGCUCCAAAAAUCUCGAACCAGCAAGGGUGUUCUAUCCUGAUUUCUGAAGUUUUACCUGUAGGCUUCUUUGAAUAUGGAGAGGGAAGGGAGCCUGAGAUCAGUCGUUGCUACUUUAGCAAGCCCAGCUGGGAAAAAUGCAAGUGGAUGGGCUCCCUUUCUGUGGGAGAAUAGGCAGAUCCCAGUUUUCUUUAUCACAGUAACAUGUGGUUUAUGUAAACUCACAGCAUCAUUUCUAACUGUUUUUAAUGGAAAACAAACCAAAACCCCCCCCCAAAAAAACCAAAAGGAGUAAUUCACCACUCUUUUCAGUUAAACUAGGUUACAUUUUAAUAGUUUCCUUUACUACUAACUGUUUCCAAAAGGAUAUUUAUCUUUUGGCUUUAUUUCGUUCCUUGUAAAUACUAGAGAUGCUCGUCUUCAUUUCUGAGUACCAGCUUUUUCAUCUUUGUGGAUUUCCUGAUUAAAUCUUGUCUAUGUGAACAUAUAUAUAUAUAUAUACACAUAUAUAUAUACAUAUAUAUACACACACACACCUAUAUAUAUAAUUUUAAAGCCAAAAAUACAAGAAAUAGCAGUAUAAUUAACAAGCAGCUAUAACUGGAUGACUCUGGCUUAAGAAAUGACACCAAGUCCAGUUUGAGUAAAGCCGUGCACACUGAAAUCCAUUUCCUUGAGCUUUGGUUUGGGAAGAAAGAACAUCCAAAGCUGCAGGGAAAGUCUGGUUUGGCUUCUCCCUGUCUCUGCCCUCUCCUCCUUCCCCCCUAGGUCAAAGGGGGAUGGCUUUGGUUGGGGGGGAGGCUGUUUUUGUUUUUGUUUUUGUUUUGAUCAUUGUUGGAGUUGCGGCAAUUGUCUUUGGGAAGGAAGGCUUUUGUUUUGCAAGUGCUCAACAUGAUGCAAAGACUUACUAGGGGCUGAGGCCCACUCCAGGUGUCGAAGGACAAGAAGCCGUGAGGCCAGCCUCACCAUUCUCCAUGGCAUUGCCCUGCCAAGCAGAGACCCCCCCAAGAGUGAGCCAGGGGGUGCAAAAGGAAGGCCAAAGAAGAAGAGACUUUCCGGGGCAGACAAUGGGUGUCCCCUGUAGCUGUGCAUUUUGGCCAGUGUGGCAUACUCAGUAUCGAGCAAGGAAGAUCCUCUUUCCUGUCUCAGCCAUUGUCUGCAUGGUGCCCAGGUGUGGUGCCAGGCCAGCCUCUGAUCUGGGGCAGGGCUUGACCUUUUGGCUUGCAACCUUUUCUGUGCCCUCCAGUAGUCAUCGACACUUGGAAUAGUUCAAUUGCUUUUUCUUUAUUUCUUUUUUUAAUUACAUUACUCUGAGAAAAAAAAUUUUUGGAAGAUCCUAUCAUGUAUCAGCAGUGCAUAUAUCUUUUCUAUAUGUUCACUGGGAUUCUAAAAAAGAAUAGAAAAAAAAAAGUUCUCCAACUUGCCCAUUCGGCAGUUGCUGAGGUAACUGUCAGGCUUGGGAAACGGCAUUGUGCUGAUGCUGCCCUGGCCUACCCUCUGUCCAUCCAGCCACACAGAUAUGCACACAGACCUCUAGAUGGAGUCUUCUGGGCCUUCUGAGGCAAGAACAGACCUCAGUGCACAUGGACAUGACAUGAUUCCAAUGGCCUUACUUUGAGUUGGUCCUGUGAGUAGCCCACAGACAGACACUGUCUUAGCCUCCUAAUUCUGCUCAAUCCUGAUGGCACCCAAGGUCCUGGUCCCCUCCUUCCUUCUUUGCCCAAACCCCAGCACUUUUGUCACCAUCCACGCUCCUAGUUAUUCUCUCCAUCUGUGUCUCCCUCUGUCUUUCCUCCCCUUCCUUCCUUCUUUCCUUCCCUUUCCCCCUCUCCCUUUUUCCUUCCUCUUGCCCUUUCUCCCAUCCUCUCCAUCUCCUUCCCUCUGCUUUCCCCUGCACCCUGCAACCCCACCCUCAUCACGCACAUGACCCAGUCCCCUCUAGGUGAGAGGACCCUUGGCCCUAUUGGGCUCCCACUCAGCCCUGUCCCACUGCCUGAGGUGGGGAGGGGUGCGCAGGAAUGUUCAAGCACAGUUUGAAAGUCCAAAGCUGGACACUUACUAUAAUCGUGGUGGAUGUGUGGUUUCUUAUGAAAGGAAGUUGGCCUUUUAUAGGCAGCUGGACUGUUGAUAUUCAUCUCUUUGAAGGUAGUUUCAAGCAGGAGAGAGCAGGAGAAAUGGAUGCACCAUUCUAUGUAGCCAAAGACAACAAAUGUAUUUGCUAAGAUACCAAAACUGUUAGGAGAGAGAGAGAGAGAGAGAGAACGAGAGAGAGAGAGAGAGAGAGAGAGAACGAGAGAGAGAGAGAGAGGCCGCUCUUUGAUAAGGCAGCCAAAGUCAAAAGGACUUGGCUGAUGACUCAUUUACAAGAUAUUUUUUCUUUCACAAUUUACACAUUUAGAGAAGUUAAAUAUAAUUUGGAGGAAAAAAAAACUGGGUUUCUGGGUCCUUUGAUACGUGAUUUUUUUUUCAAAUUAGCUGAAUUAGCUUUUAUUUUUCUUUUAGUAGCUGCUGAGCAAAUCCCCGAAGCUCCAUCGUUGCAUGUUUGAAAAUGGAGCUGGGUUUGGCUUUUGCAUCUGCUGGCAUCAGUGUCUAGCAUAGCUAAAGAUGUGAAGCCCUGCUGAGAAAAGGGUGCAUUCAAAAGGACAGGAUUUGCACUAGAGGGACAGACAGCAGGCAGAAUCUCCCAUUUCUGCCCACUGAGAUGGCGCACCGAAUUCUCUGUAGUUUGCCGCAGAGGGUUGAAAUAUAUUGUAAAUGAGUAUUUGUAUCCAUGUUUCAAAAUCGAAUUUUAUAUAUAGAUAUAAUGUGUUCUGCUCCUUUUGCCUUUUGCUUUGCCAUCCACAUUUGGUUCCAGGUACUAGCAAGAGGCGUUGCCUUGGUUCAGAGGUCCUCUCAGGGUGGACAGGAUGCUUGAGUUGUCUGGCCGAGAGGUUCGGGGAGGACAGUGGAGGAGGGAGGGAAGGAGAGAGGGAGGGAAGAAGGGGAAGAGAGUCGUUAUCAUACCUUGUUGGCCCACGCAUGUGCAACAGGUGUGGUGCGGACUCAUUGAAACCUCAGGGAGAUUUGUUGGGGAUCUGGGGAAAGGAGAAAGAUGAGGGGUGUUCCAGCCUUCCCUGAAUCACGAGCCAGCUCCAGCCCCACCUUCUGUCCAAGUGGGGAGUGAGUGUGGGGAAGGAUCAGAAAGAAGGAAAGGGAGAGGGCUAGGGUGCUCCUUUGGCCUACCCGUGCCACCAGUCCCGUGGAGUGCUGAGGCAAAGGGGCACGAACAGUGAACUCAACGCCGUCGAGUUGCUCUUGCUAUAUAUUGGGUGUCUUGUGCUCUUAAUUCUGGUUUUGGAGACUUUCUGUAAAGAUUAUGGCAAAUGAAAUUGUGUUUUCUCUGUUAACCUGUCUCUGUAAUAAAGCUUCCUUUCCAUAGGUAGAAGGGGCUCCUCUGCCUAUAGGGAUUUUCACUUCUA